AUGACGGACGCCGCGCCCCAGAUCCCGACUCCCCAUUUCGAAUCCCCUUCUGACGUGACUUAUCCCUCGACUGAACCUGUCCCAAAGGACACGCCUUCUAGCAAUGCCGCUGCUGUCAAGGAAUCCGUCGUUGGAAGCACUCAGUCAGCCCUCAACAGUGUUCAGGAACACCCAUACACCAAAGGUGCUUUGGAUGCAAUCAAUGACGGUAGGAACAAUCGCUCGCACACUCUUCCACCUACAAAUCUGACAAGUGUUACAGCCCCAGUCACUCAGAGUGUAAAGAAUGAGUCUGCAAAGACUUCGGCUGAUCUCCGCAACUUGGCCAAUUCUCGGACUCGGCCCGAUGAGCCGGCUGUUACCGGUCAACCACUGACGCACUAUCACUCUAUGUUCUACAGCUUGCUGAGCUGGGAGCAUCCGCGCGCGACCGCCAUUUCUUUUGCCUCUACUGUUCUGCUGAUCUUCGCUGCUCGUUACUUCCCCCUCGGACGUUACGUGUUCAAGAUCCUCUAUGUUACUCUUGGAGCUGCUGCCACUGCUGAGAUCGUCGGCAAGCUUGUCUUCACGAAUGGCCUUGCGUCGCAACUGCGUCCGAGAAAAUAUUACACCAUUUCGCAGGAAUCUUUUGACCGCGUUGUUGAGGAUGUGCAGGAGCUCGUCAACUUUUUCGUCAUUGAAUUCCAGAGGAUCUUGUUUGCUGAGAACGUCAAGUACACGGUCACUGCUUUCUUCUCCUCCCUCGUCUCCUAUUGGCUGAUCAAAGUCCUUCCUUUUUGGGGACUUGCCCUCCUUGCCACGACUAUCUUCUACCUCGGCCCCUUGGUCUAUAUCACGAACCGCGAGCUCAUUGAUGGUCACAUUCAACAUGCCUCGGACAUCGUUGGUGCUCAGGCUACUCAAUUUCGAGACCUUGCUGGCCAUCAUACCGCUCAAGCUACCGAGACACUCAGAGGUUAUGCCGGAGAGUACACCAACAAGGCUCAGCAAUACAUUGGCUCUGCUCGAGGCAAAUCUGCUUCUCCUGUCGCUUCACCAGCUCCCAAGGCUGCUGCUGCGAGCACCCCAGUCAAGUCCGAGCCUGUCUCUUACACGUCUUCUGACUUCCCCGCGGCUCCGAACCAAGAGCCCACCCCGAUCGCCGCUGAGUUUACCUCUCCUACGAAGAGCGAGGCCGAGCCAGUGCCCGCAAUCUAA